AUGUGUUGCCUCAGGCACUGGGAUUGGCCUGGCUUUGUCCGGCUUUGGUUGCUGUUCUUUGUGCUCUGGGAUGCAGCAAUUGCCUUGGCUUUUCCUGUUGUUAUGCCUGUAGGUAUGGACUCGUUUCCACCUUUCUGGAAUGAAUUAUUUCAAGGGCAACUUUCGAUUGUAAAAGGUCCAUACAUUCUGAGGGAAACACAGAAGCAUGUUUUCUUACAGGGCUGA